AUGCUUUCCAGAAGUACCAAUAAAUCUGUUGGCAAUGGACACUGUCAUACGUCGAUUACUUACCCAGAACUACUCAGAAGGUAUCCAACAGAUGAUCACAACGAUUUUCCCCUCCCAACUGAUGUCACAGUGUUUUGCCAGCCUGAAGGAUGUUUAACAUUGGACAUUCACUCAAGGUGCGGCCAAAGCCGUGAUCCUCAAUUUUUCGUUUUCAUGUUAACAGAAAAGGACUCUGCAAAAAAACGAUAUGCUGUAUGCCUCAAUUUCUACCAACGCAUGGAGAAGCGAACAGCAAAUACAUGUCGACAUAGCGAAAAAACAAUUCCCUCGGGGAAAAUGCAAGUGUUUUCUUCGGGAACUAAUUGUGGUACUUCUACAAAGUGUUUCUUUUUCCUGUUUUAUUUUGUGAUGUAA